UAUUUUGUAUAAAUUUUGAUAAAAUGUAUAAAUAUUAUUAAUUAAAUUUAUUAAAUCAAGAUUAAAUUGAUAAAAUGUAUAAAAUUUUAAAACUAAUUUUUUAUUAACAAAUAAAAAUAUGUAUAAUCAAUGUGCGAAAUUUGAUAGGUUUAAAUAGAUAUAAUUUUUUGAGAGUGACCAAUUUGUACAAUAUUAAAGUUGAGCGGGACCAUAGUGGUCUUUUUACCUAAAAUAUCAAAUCCAAAUUGGAACUUCAUCAAAGCACGCUUCUGCUGGUCACUUCCAUUCUUCCUUUUUCAAAUUUCUGAACCCAGAAAGGCCAAAAAAAAAAAAAAUGGCGGCUGCAGGAUCUUUGCAGAACCUCCUGAAACUCGGGACUAAAAUUGUCGGCGUGGGCCGCAACUAUGCCGCGCACGCCAAAGAACUCGGCAACGCCGUCCCCAAGGAACCAGUACUGUUUUUAAAGCCGACAUCAUCUUAUUUGGAAAAUGGAGGUACAAUUGAGGUUCCACAUCCAUUGAAUUCAUUGGAUUAUGAAGUUGAACUUGCUGUCGUGAUCGGAAAAACGGCUCGGGAUGUGCCUGAAAACACUGCCAUGAACUAUGUUGGAGGCUAUGCUUUAGCGUUGGAUAUGACUGCAAGGGAAAUCCAAUCUGUUGCGAAGUCUGCAGGUCUUCCAUGGACAGUUGCUAAAGGGCAAGACACCUUCACUCCGAUCAGUUCUGUUUUUUCAGUGUCCAUGGUGCCCAAUCCCGACAACUUGGAGCUCUGGUUAAAGGUAGAUGAUGAAAUACGACAAAAGGGUUCCACCAAGGAUAUGAUCUUUAAGAUUCCUUACCUUAUUAGUCACAUAAGUUCCAUAAUGACCCUUUUUGAAGGAGAUACCAUAUUAACAGGCACUCCACAAGGUGUUGGCCCUGUAAAGGUGGGCCAAAAGAUAACUGCCGGAAUAACAGGCUUGGUAGAUGUUGGCUUCGACGUUGGAAAAUGCCAAAAGCCAGGGAGUAAUUGAGCUUAGUGCAUCUGCACUGCUGUAACUAUUGCCGGUUGAAAGCACAAGUUACCCUUCCAUUUUCUGAUGCAAUUGCAGCAGGUCAUAAAAAAUGGUACAAUCUGCCAUUGAAGCUAACCAAGCAAAAGAGACUGGCUCCUUCGAUCUUUUCAGGUAUUCUGUCAAUGAAGUUUCUUAUAUAUAGUACUUUGUGAAUCUCGUGUUUAUGGAGUCGGUCAUCAUUAUCGACAAGCAAUGUUAGUUGCAUUGAUUAGUACUGAAACUAACUCAGAAGAAACCAAUGCCUGUUGGCUUUUGGAACUUGCCUGAUUCUAUGGAUUUUGCUUAAAAGUUCAAGACAAAUAAUUCAGUGACAUGAAUUGCUUUAAAUUUCAGCUUAAA